GCGACACCAAAUUUAUUACUGCCGUCACAGCGAUAAUAUUUGGCGCAUUUUUGGGGUUCUCCGUCGACAACAAUUUCAUGCGAGAUUUUGUGCGGAAUCAUUUCAAAGGCAUCACGGGGACAGUUUAAAGAUGUCGAUUUAACCGAAGGGGUCCGUGCAAGCGGCAUGGAAGAAGAACUGAAAGCGGUUGAAGAAGCGCAAGGCAACGUUCCGAGCCAGCCGGAGUCCAGCGACGACAUUCGUGACAAGGUUUUGGUGAAAAGGGGCAGGGGAAGACCCAAAGGUUCCAAGAAGCCGCAGAUCAGCGUUCCCGACGUCAACCUCAUGGAGCUCGUUUCAGGCAUUGCCAACAGCGGCCCCGCGCUGGGCUUUGAGAACGCGAGCGGCGGCGACGAUCACGUGCCCAAAAAGAGGGGUCGGCCAAAGGGCUCCGGCAGCAAGCGCGUGGCGGAAAAGGCGGCCGACAACAUCGGCUCAGACACGCCCAAAAGGGGAAGGGGACGCCCCAAAGGAUCCGGCAAGCGAAAGGUGGAGCACAUCACGAGCGAGGAAGAGAGCGACGAGACGGGGCAGACCGACGGCGCUUUAAAAAAGGCGCCCCGAAUCGAGUUAGGCGACGGCGACAACAACUCUCCCAACGGCAUCGCCGCCCCGCGGGGCAGAGGAAGGCCGAGAAAGAGCAGCGCAGAGCGGCGCCCGGCGCCCACCUUGGACGGCCCCAAAAGAGGGCGAGGCCGACCAAAAGGCUCCGUCAACAAGAAGCCACCCAUGUCUUUGGCGCUCUUUCAAGCGGGACGCCCUCGAAGAAAGCAGAUCCCGCCCUCUAGGCUGGUCAUACGUCUCCCCGGAAAGAAAGGGAAGCGCGGGAGACCCAGGAAAGUACCCUCCGGAAGAGGCCGUCCCAGGAAGUACCCUCUGCCGCCCUCUGAGGACUCCAAAAACAGAGUGUGGAAGCCUCUGGGGAGGCCGAGGAAGCAUCCCAUCGCUGGUGCCGCGGGGGGAGCCCCGGUCGUCCGUCGGGGCAGAGGCCGGCCGCGCAAGUCGGAGGCUUUAAAGCGUCCCGGCGCCUCGUACGACGGACCCCCGCGUAAAAGAGGCCGUCCUAGAAAGCACCCCUCCGAGCCCGCUAAGCCCAAAGUGUGGAAGCCCCUCGGCAGGCCCAGGAAGUAUCCUCUGGUGGAUCCCCCGGAGGGAGCCCCUGCACCCCCCCGCCGCACGCCCGGUCGACCACGCAAGUCCCACUCCAAACGUGGCGCCCACCUGCGCAACCCCGCACCCUCGCCGCGCCCCCCGGGGCGCCCUAGAUUGACGGAGGAGGGCGUACCGCGUAAAAGGGGGCGUCCCAAAAACUCCGGCAACAAGAAUAAAGUCCAAAACGAGGCCCAGCCGGACGGCGCCCCCUGGAACCAUUCCGCCGGCGCCAGAGAGGAGCGCAACGACGGGGAGGCGGAGCAACGUGAAGAUGCCGCCCCACCCCAGCAGCGGGAAGACAACAACAACACCGCCACGGAGGAGGGGGGGGCCGCCCAGGAGUGACAUCGCAAGCGCUUGAUGAACAAUCCAUCAAGGUGUUACACUUGUAGGCAACAUUGUAGUCUGGUAAGUUAGAUAACCUUCUACCGACUAACCGUCUUUUCUUUUUCAUCAUGUCUUACUAGAAACUCUUCUACUUUGUUUUUUGUUUUUUUAAGACUUCUUAUUGCUCCACUUUAGUUCUUGCGGGGAGUUUCUAGUUUUUAGCGUGACACCGCUCGAUUCAGGCGUUUCGGCUCCAUGGCGAUCAGGAGGAAGUAGAAUAGUGAGAAAAAAACAUGCGUAGAAGUCUUUGUAAUCUUUGCCUUUUUUAAGACCCAGAAAAAGAUGAAGUCAACGCUAACUUGUAUGUUAGCAUUGAUUUUAAAAAUGGGAAAAAACAAAACAAAACAAAAAUUCCCCUACCAGCACACGUCUUGCUUUUAGCCCUCUAAUGACUGUAAAAUGUUAGUGUUCACACUUGGGAAACAUAUUGGUGAUUUUCGGCCCCCUGCGAACACGCCUACAAUGUAAUACUUCACUGUGUAAUUUGUUGAAUUCCUCAUAAAAAAAUAUCAUACUGUGUUAAAUGUUUCUGUGCUUUUUAUUUCUCCAUAGUUUUGUAGUCUGGUGGAUAACAUGAUGUAAUGCUUGAUAGUCCAUGUUAUUGCCGUCUUAUUUCAAUUCAGUUUUGUUUUUGUUUUUUCCCCCCCCCCAUUGAUAGCCAAAGCUUUGAAUGUACCUCCUUUUUAAAAAAAAUUAUUUUAUUCUUUUUAAAAAAAAAAAAAUUCCGGGUUUUAGUCUCAUGUAUUGCUUGACAAAAAAUAAAAUAAAAAAAAUAAUAAUAAAAAAAACAGAGCUAUGUCUCAAACGCCUUCCUGCCAUCAAGAUUUCUUCCUUUCUAUUUGGACUUUUACCCACCCCAGCCUACCCUUCAUUUUUUUUUCAAGUCGCAUUAGUGUGGUCUCUCCUUCCUCUAUCCUUGACAAGUAGCUGUUAAAUAUUUUUCAUACUGUUAUGAUGAUUUUAUUUUAUUUUUUUAUUCAUUGUUGGGUAACCACGUUAAAAAAAGAUUUAAAAUGGCCAAUCAUGUUUCUCUAUCACAUGUAAACAUUUUGAUGAAAAAAAAAUUCAAUUCAAGCCAAUAAAGUGAAGCUAUUUGGAUUUUUGUGUUUUUGACAAGAAGCCAAUUUGUAAGAUAUGCUCUUGAAAUAAAAUGUUGACCUUGUUGUUUUUA